AUGUCACUUCAAGCCAUUCGAUUCGACAAACAGAAUACAACUCUCCAGAUCUUGGAUCAGUUGCUUUUGCCUUACACCACACAAUACAUUGAUGUCACUAACAUCUCGGACGCCUACAAUGUCAUUAAGAACAUGCAAGUGAGAGGUGCCCCAGCCAUCGCUAUUGUCGCCACAUUUGCCGUGUUGGUUGACACCCACAACAAAGUCAAGGUGCAAGGGAAGCAAAUCACUCAAAAGGACUUUGUCGACCUGCUCGAUUACUUGAUCAGCUCUCGCCCCACCGCAGUCAACUUGGCUAAUGCUCUUAACGAUUUGCGCCAGAUCGUCGCUGACUAUGACGAAAUUACAGAUAAAGCUUACUCCAAGAUUGACAAAUACGCCAACAACUUAUAUGAGGAUGACUUGGCCAAUAACUACAAGAUUGGUGCUAAUGGCUUGAAAUACAUCACUCAAAGUCUUGAAGAAGAGGGGUUCAAGGGAGCCUUUUCAAUUCUCACUAUUUGCAACACUGGUUCAUUAGCGACUUCAGGCCAUGGUACCGCUUUGGGGAUUAUUCGCUCUACUCACGAGGCUCUCAAGGAAGAACUGUCUGACAAGCCUUUCCAUUUAUCUCAAGUAUUCCCUUGUGAAACCAGACCUUACAACCAAGGUGCCAAGUUGACCAGUUAUGAGUUGAAGCACGACAAGAUUCCUUUCACUUUGGUUUGUGACAAUAUGGUACUGUCGUUAAUCCGCGAACAACUUACCAAGGCGCCGGUGAAAUUUAUCAUCAUUGGCGCUGACAGAAUUGUCAAGAAUGGCGACACUGCUAAUAAAAUCGGGUCCUUCCAGUUGUCAACUAUUGCCAGUUUUUUCAACCAGACCCAGAACACUAAUAUCAAAUUCAUCGUUGCUGCCCCGCGUACAACUAUCGACUUCUCCACAGAACAAGGUCUGGACAUUGUGAUUGAACAAAGACCUUCAGAUGAACUUACUACCAUCAAGGGUCCCGCGUUGGACGCCUCUGGAAAUGCGGGCGAGAAAAUCCAGGUCGGUAUUGCACCUCAAGGUAUCUCUGUGUGGAAUCCAGCGUUCGAUGUUACUCCACACGAACUAAUUGACGCCAUUGUUACCGAAGAUGAGAAGGUUUACACCAAAACCAACGGCAAGUUCGAUUUAAGUAAGUAG